CAUAAGCCGGCGCCGCGCUCCCACUAUUUGUUGUGAUUCGGCUGAAGACAGGUUUGCGUUUAUUAAGCGUUUAUAGUGAUAUAAUUAAACGCAAUCCAUUUGGCCACGACAAAUGUGUAGGAGUCUUGUGUAAUCAAUCUAACGUUAACAUCAAUGCUUGUUAUUUAGUGCGAGUAAAGCGCAUCCAACACAUCAGGAACAGAAAGAUACGUGUGAUAAAGAUGGAGUUUAUUAAAGUGGAGACUGAAGACAUCAAGAUUGAAGACACAUUUGACGUGAAGCUUGAAGAUACGGAUGAAGAUAUAGACCUGAUGGUGCUGAUAGAGGAGAGUAGAGAUCGGUAUAAGAAACUUGAUUGCAGUACUGGAGAAAACUCUUUAAGUUGUUCACCGACUGAAGAGAAUUCAUUACACAAAAAAGCUCGGAAGACUCGAAUUAGAAAUCCUGUCAUCUGCCCAGAGUGUGGAAAGUGUUUCAGUCAUCAAGGAAACCUUAAAGUCCACAUGAGGGUUCACACUGGAGAGAAGCCUUUCACCUGCCCUCAGUGUGACAUCAGUUUCACUCAGCAAGGAAACUUUGAUCGACACAUGAGAGUUCACACCGAAGAGAAGCCUUACAGCUGUGAACUGUGUGGAAAGAGCUUCACCGCACAACUUAGCCUUGACUUUCACAUGAACAGUCACACCGGCGAUAGGGCGUUUUCAUGUGAUCAGUGUGGAAAGCGCUUCAGACAUAAAGCAGCCGUUGAUAAUCACAGGAAGAUUCAUUCAAGAUUGGAGCGUUUUUCAUGUCGUCAGUGUGGAAUGAGUUACACAGACCCGAACCACCUCAGGAAUCAUGUAAUAACUCACACUGGAGAUGAGCCUUACAUGUGUGAACACUGUGGAAAGGGUUUCACGGACAAUCGAUCCCUCAAGGUUCACAUGGUAAUUCACACUGGAGAGAAACCUUUCGACUGCCUUGAGUGUGGAAAGAGUUUCAAGUUUAAAGAAAACUUUCAGACUCACAUGAGCGUUCACAGUAAAGAACGGUCUUUCAUCUGCCCCGUGUGUGGAAAGAUUUGCAAACCUAAAGGAAAACUUAAGCUUCACAUGAAGCUUCACACUGGAGAGAGACCUUAAAUGUGUAUCCAGUGUCAAAUCUAGCAUCUGUGACAUGUUCCUCAGUGUGAUGAGAUAAACACCAACACCAACUUUUUCUUUCACUGAAAAAGUGACAUUUUUUGUCUUUGUGGGUUUCCUUUGUUUUGUUUUGAUGUUAAAUUAUUAAUAGCUGCAUCCAUGUCUCUGCUUCCUCAUCUGCCUGACCAUGACUCUUCUUUUUUUGCACUUUUUGACUGUCAGCAUCCAUUUCAUGCACAAAACAAUAUAUAUAUAUAUAUAUAUAUAUAUAUAUAUAUAUAUAUAUAUAUAUAUAUAUAUAUAUAUCAGUCCCUCCAGGAUUUCGCUGAACUUUUUUCUGGCCUAAAAUGACUGAUUUUGCAGCAGCUUUUCUCAAAAUUUACGGUGAUAUUUGUGGGAUUUAUUUUUAUUUUGCAUUGAAAAUAAUACCACAGACAACAUUCUUCUAUCACUGUUAUGGUUUUCUGACUUGGAGAACCACUGUAGGUCUCCAGACUAACGUUUGUGACGCCAGCACUCGAGCCAUAAAGACCUACAGAAAAAGGCUCCAGCACCUGACAGUAAAACACUAACACUAAUCACACAUUUACAUCUUGGAGAUGUCUAUUUAAUGUCUGCAUUUACAUAUGCAAGAUGGGUUUUUAAGAGUGCUUGUUCAUCUGUUUCCUGUCAAGGAGUGGCCUAUAAGUACUUCUCUGCAACCAUCCACUAAUGGUAAUUUAAUCUUUUAUAUUUUUAAAAAAUUUGUUUGCUUUAGUCUACUAUUAAGGAUGUACACUUUAAAAUCGUCACAUUAAAAAUAACUUUCAAAUUCAGUAAUACUUAAAGGUGCCAUAUGCAAAAAUUGAGGUUAAAAUAUCCAUAACAUGACCUACAUGCAUCAAAAGAAUGAGAAGAAAUAAGGGCGAUGAUGUCAUCAAUAAAAUGUCAAGUUAUAGUGCUGCAGAGAUAUCAACCUUAAUUAGCAUUAGCAUCACUAGCCCCGGCCCGACAGGUGUCGUAAUACCAGUUUCGACCAUGGGAGGUGGUAUGCGGGCAACAUAACCACCAGCCAACCUGCAAUACACGAAUAACUCGCAGGGCUUGUGGGCGUGUACUUGAACCUGAUGUCAAUCGUGUGGAAAGUACAGCCCACCAGUUCAUUUCAGUUCAGGGAAUAGAGAGAAAGGAUGUCUCAAGCCCUUGGAAAGAGACCCCUACCACCACCACCCGCUACAGGGAAACAACCGCGCUCGGAAUCACAAAUCAAAUCCGAUAAGAAAAGGAGCCGAACCAAAGUAAACAUCGGCACUGUUUUCAAUCGCUGGAGACAACUGAUGGACCAUAAAGAAAUGAGGUUCAACUCCGAACUUGCAACAUUUCUAACAGUAAGUUAGAUGCUGUUAGUAUUUCGCUAGAAGUUUGUUUUAUGUGUUUGUGUAUUUGUUUUCGGGAAGUUAUAACAUAGCAAUGUAUCCAAGGCUGUUCGAUAAACGUGCUUAUGUUAGCGAUGGCUAACCAUAGCUGCAUUUGAUAAUUAGCUAGCUAUAACUUAACGUUACCCAUUUUAUUAUAUAAAAAAUUGAUGUGUGGCGUGAAAAAAUUGAUGUGUGGCGUGAAAGCGUGUGAAAAGAGUCAAAAAAGCUGAAUGCGUCUUUGCUUGAGAGUUGGCACAUUAUUUCCCAAGCAGAAUAAAGGACAGGUUGAUUAUUGCCGUUUAGCGUUUGUAUUUAUCUAUGAUGUGCCCCGUUUUGCGUACAGGGACAUAAAAAAUAAAUUAAAAGUGAUACGUGGACCAAGGUGUCUGAGAUUGUUCAUUUUAAGUAAAGGAUCCUAAUAUUUCUUCCACAACAAUAUUUAAUGAGGUUAACUUAUUACUCCUUGUGGUUAGUCUGCACGAGAUCAACAAGCUUGUUUGCUUUGCGGCCGCUUUAAAUACAAAAUAAGCAUUCGAUCUACGCUCACAAAUCUUUCUGCAGCGUCGUGAGCAGAGCGGCAAGAACGAUUUUUGAUGCUCUAGACGCCGGUGGUGUGAACGCACAGUUAGGCUUCGGCUAUGGCUGUAGUGUUGUUGUGAAAGUAGGGGCGGAGCACAGAGACUAUGCCGUUUCUCUUUUGUUACUCUAGAGUAGACCAAUUCACUUUAUUGAGGCAUACUGCCCCCAUCUGGUAUGGAAUGUGGAGUAUGACUUGAUUUUUUUUGCCAAACAUUACAGAUGGCACCUUUAAAGCAUUGGAGUGCUGGGAAAAGUUGUGUGAAGCAUUUAAAAUCACUCAAAAACAUUAGACCAUUUUUGCCACGAAUUGUUCCUGUAGUUUUACUGUAAAGGCUGUUCAUUACAUUUUUGGAACUGAAAAACAACCUUUCUUAGACUGAAUGCACAUUGAGAUGACGUCACGGGAUGCGUCUAAGCCCCAAUCCUUCCGAAAAUUUGCAGCAAUUGUGAAAAUUGCAGCAUUAGCUUGAUUUGAUUGAUGUUGCAAAAUCCUGGAGAUUUUUAACUACUUUACUACACUGACCUCAUCACAUCUCAAUAUGAUCUGCUUAUAAAUUUCUUCCACCAGCAUGGGACUUGUUUGGUUUGACACUAUGUUAUCCCUGAUUAAACUGGAGUAAAGUGGCAAGAUUCUGCACCAAUCGAGUCUCUUCCUGCAUUUCAUAAAAUGUCUCUUUACCAAAAUCACUUUCAAGUAAAGUCAGUUCCCCUCAGAGGCCAUAUUUGCAUAUGCAAAAGUUUAAGGAUACCCACACUCCAUAACCCUUCUCCCAACCAACGUAUUCCGGUUAGCGUGAUAUAUUUUAAAGUUUCUUGUUUGUUUUUCUUUUUGGAAAAUGUUGAGGACAGAUCAUUUGCAAGAUGCCUUCCAAAUUUAGUAGAAGCAACAUUAAUACAUUUAAGCUUCCCUAUAUCGCAUACCUGAAAUUGCAAGGAACCACUUCAUUUCAUCAUAUUUGAGUUGGUAUAAAUUGCAUGGUUUGCGUUCUGACUGAGCAGAUAUUUUUGUCUAUUCAUUGAUGUUUGAUCAUUAACCCACAACUGAAGUAUGCCUCUAGUGAACAGCAGAAUUCUCUUCAACUUCACAGGUGCUAGUGUGAAUCUCCUUUCAGAAGAAACAAAGGAUGGUCAUGAACUCCCUGCAUUUAAUAUUCUGCCAUUGUUAGGAAACAGACAUUUCCUGGAGACGUCUCACUAAAAUGUUUUUCAGUAAGCUAUUUGUGGAUAUAGAUGAAUUUCUAGACCCAAGAUCUGAGUAUGAUUACACAGAUUUAAAGGAUGACUCAACGUGCAUAAAUGUGAAUGAUCCGUACAAACGCCACUUUGGGUGGAAACGUAUUGCCAUAAAAGUUCUGGAUAAGUAUCUGGAUGAAAAGGCCUGGUUGGGCACGGAUGGAUGGAGGAGUUACUCAGUGGAUGGCGAGUGGCAUCAUCUCUCAUCAUGAAACAAGCAUGUACAAUGUGAAGCCAUGUGAAAAGACAGGAAUAACCUACGAUGUGAUUCUGCAGAACUGAAUCAAUCCAAAAAUGUGAAAUUCUUGCAUGAACCACGCCUGAAGAGAGAGAGAUCAUGGAGAAGUCCAUUCGUUCUUCUGUAAUUCUGUUUGAAGAGAUUCUUCCCAGGUUCCUGCUGUCCUGACAAUGAGGGGCCAUGUGUGGACACUUACUGCUGAAGGAAAUCUUGUCCUUCUUUAUAAUAUUUUAUUCAGUGUAUUUCUCUAUUAUAUGUUAACUGAUGGGUGUUUUUGUUUUUCUUCUUAAUUUAAAGGAAGAUUUAAGCAACCUAUAAUACAAAAAAAAAUCUAUACACACACAAAUAUACUAAGAUACAUAUGCACGAUUGUUUAAAUCCACUUUAUAAGCACAGAUUUGGUGGAAUACCUUUAUUUGCACUUUUUGAUUUUAAAUACCAAAAAGGAAUGAGCUCUGACUGUUCCAGCACGUAAUUAAAGCAUGUGUUAGUUUCAGGUCAUAACCAGUGAUGAAAAAAAACCUAAUUACAACUACUUUAAAUUACGGUACUUGUGUUAAAAAAAAAAAAAGAAAAGAAAAAAAAGAAAAGUUCAAUUUUGGUACAUUAACCUGAAUAAAAAAAAAAAAAAGUGUUUCACUUUCGCUAAAAUUACACAGUGCAAAAAAAAAAAAAGGCAGUGGGAUGAUCUUAAGAGAGAGAUUGAAGAUCUUAAUAAGCUUGAUCAACAAGUAUCAUGUUAAUGACAACCAUGUGUAACCUCUAAACUAGGAUUUAUCGGAGCCCUGUUGUGUUUUAUCUGCAGAAGAUAGCAUUGUCUUGCUGUUUUCAGGAGGAAACUGAUUGUGUAUUUCUCAAGUGAACCUGGGCCGAUAAAACAAAAGGCUGAAUUUAGAAUAAAACAUUUCUACAAAGAUUAAAAAGGAUGUCUUUUAAAGGAGUUUCAUCAAUUCGUCUGCAUAUAUAAAUCGUCCUGCCACAUGACCUUAUAUUGUAUAUUGCAUUUGCAUCCACAUGUAGGAUAAGCAAAAUGUUUAACAUGAAAUUAUCAACAAAAAAACUUCAUAAACCAUCCACACUGAACAAUUAUAUUUGGUUGUUUUAUAUAAUCAGUUGUGAUUUUCAGAAGAAAUGUGACGUCGCUCCUAGCACACUGCCCAGCUUUACAAGCUUUGCUGUUGUUUUGGAGGAGGCGAUUGUUCUCAAGACAUUUCAGACCUCCAGUCUGCUAUCUUACCUGUUUGGCCUUAUCUUCACCUUGGAUUUUUAAUACCCAAACUCGAAUACACUUUUGAUGUAAGAAGGUGUUUAUGGAAAUGGGCACUCACUGCUCUGCAACGUACAGUCCCUGAAAACUAAACUCUUGCUGUGAACAUAUUUUGAAUUAAACAAAUAGCAUCUUUAUGAUAAAAUUUUAAUUAUUCAAAGGGAUUGUAAAAACAAUUAUAUUCACAUUUUCUUAUACAUUUUUUUUAGUUGAUUGUGCGUUUAUUUAUUUGUCAUCUUACCAGAUUCUUUAAUAACUGUACCAUUUUAUUUGUAUUUUUUAAUUUUUUUUUAUUUAUUCUUUGUUUUUAUUUUAAUGCUGAUUGCAAUGUAUUUUGUAAGGAGUAUGUUACUCUGUUGAAAGGUGGGCAGACCAUCCAGUGUUGAACUGCUGUGUUUUAAAGCUGCAGUUCUGAAAACUGUGUAUUUUAAGUUUAUUGGCGUUUUAAUGUUUUAAACAUUUAUGGAAUAGUCAAAGCCUUUAUAUGUUAAAAGGUUAAAAGUGAAUCUUCAUAUAUGCAUCUUCAUUUUUUUUUUUUUUUAGUAUUAUUUGACCUUGUUUGUAUUUCUUUCUACAUUCAAGAUAAUAAACAAAACUUGAAACCUGCA